AUGAGAAUACUUAUUAAAUCAUGGAUUCCUCAGUGUCUGCGGAUUCUCAGGUUACCUCGCAGGUUAUUCCAUGGGUGCAACAGGCUUCUUGCAUCUCAGAUUAUUUCACAUUAUGAUUCUAUAAACCAAUGUAAAAAGGAACAACCGGAAUAUUUCAAUUUUGCAAAUGAUGUCUUGGAUCAGUGGUCACAACUGGAAAAGGAUGGAAAACGACAUGCAAAUCCAGCUUUUUGGUGGGUAAAUGAUGAAGGAGAGGAGGUGAAGUGGAGCUUUGAAGAGUUGGGAUUUCUGUCUAGGAAAGCAGCUAAUAUACUUUCUGAGAUAUGUGGUUUACAGAGAGGAGACAGAGUUAUAGCAGUUCUGCCCCGUGUUCCUGAAUGGUGGCUACUGAAUAUAGCCUGUAUGCGGACAGGAAUUGUCUUUAUUCCAGGAACAUCCCAAUUAACAGCCAAAGACAUCUUAUACCGACUCCAGGCUUCAAAGGCCAAGUGUAUCAUUACCAAUGACACACUGGCACCUGCGGUGGAAUCUGUCACGCCUGACUGCCAGUUUCUGAAAAACAAAUUAAUUGUAGCCAAAGAGGGCAGAGAUGGGUGGCUGAACCUCAAAGAACUGUUUGCGGUAACGGCUGAUGACCAUGAAUGUGUCAAGACGAGGAGUCAAGACCCAAUGCUGAUCUAUUUUACUAGUGGAAGUACAGGUUCUCCAAAAAUGGUGGUGCAGUCACACAGCAGUUAUGGCAUUGGAUUUGCAACCAGUGGCAGGCACUGGAUGAACUUGACUCCUUCAGAUGUAAUGUGGAAUACCUCCGAUACUGGCUGGGUAAAGUCAGCUUGGAGCAGUGUUUUUGCACCAUGGAUCUGUGGAUCAUGUGUCUUUGUACACAAUAUGCCACAGUUUAAACCAGCAGUUAUUGCAGAGACUCUCUCAAGAUACCCCAUCACUGUCUUUUGCACCGCUCCCACUGCCUACCGAAUGCUGGUCCAACAUGAUUUGAGCAGCUACAAGUUCACGAGUCUGAAACAUUGUGUAUCUGGAGGGGAACCACUCAAUCCUGAAGUGAUGGCAAAGUGGAAAAUCCAGACAGGGCUGGAUAUCUAUGAAGGUUAUGGCCAGACUGAAACAGUGACGAUAUGUGCCAAUAUGAAAGGAAUGAAAAUUAAACCUGGCUCUUUGGGAAAAGCUGUUCCACCUUAUGAUGUGCAGAUCAUAGAUGAACAUGGGGCUAUUCUGCCUAGAGGGGAAGAAGGCAACAUUGCUGUCCGAGUUCAACCGAAGAGACCAUUCUGUAUGUUCUCUGAGUACCUGGAUAAUCCACAAAAAACUGCUGCCUCUAUAUGUGGAAAUUUUUAUGUCACUGGGGACAGAGGGAUUAUGGAUGAAGAAGGAUACGUCUGGUUUGUUGGAAGAGCUGAUGAUAUAAUUAAUUCUGCCGGGUAUCGUAUUGGCCCAUUUGAAGUUGAAAGUGCAUUAAUUCAACACCCUGCAGUCUUGGAGUCGGCUGUUGUCAGCAGUCCUGAUCCGAUUCGAGGGGAGGUAGUCAAAGCCUUUGUUGUUUUAACACCUGCUUUUGUGUCACACGAUCAUGAAAAACUAAUUCAUGAGCUUCAACAACAUGUCAAGAAGGUGACUGCACCUUACAAGUAUCCAAGGAAGAUGGAAUUUGUUCAAGCCCUGCCAAAGACGGCUACUGGGAAAAUCCAGAGAAAGGUUCUAAGAAACAAAGAGUGGGGGAAAGCAUAAGAUGAUCUGGGACCUCGGAAGAGAAAAUACCUAUCAUCCAUAGCACAACACGCUUUGCAAGUGAUCAUGACCCAGAGCACUCGGAGAACUCCUGGAAGAACAAGCUAUGAACAAAAAAGAAAAGAGAGAAUGCUUGUAUAGCAUGUGGAUGUGUGGUGUUAGAACCGCUUUUGCCAUCAACACACAAAUUUACAGAAAAAUGAGGAAAAGAAGA